AUGGGCUGCAGCCAAUCGAAGACGACGACGACUGACCAAAUCGUGGAGCGUGUAUCAGCUGACACUCCGGUGGUCGAAGACCAAGCAUGUGUUGUUGUUUUGGCCCCUGAGGUUGCUAUCGAGCCCACGCUAGCGUCGUCGGAGGAACUUGUCACUGUUCGUGCCACUGCUCCCAUUGAUGAUGUUGAUGAGACCUUAGUGACGGAGGAAGCUGCUAUGAUACCAGUUGAAGGGGAAGCUACGCAUUUAGCCGAGUCUACUACUGAACACGUUGAGGACGUAGUUGUAGAAGAAAGAACCGAAUUAGUUAAGGAGACUUUUGUACUAGAAACGGACGCGCUUGUGAAAGAUGUUGCUGAAACACCAGUCCCAGUUGUGGCUGAAGUUGUCAAAUCGGAGGCGAUGGUUUUUGAACAAGAAGUUGGAGCUCGUAAUUUAGAGUCUCUUGAUGAAGAGAUAGCGCUCAUGGCGAAGAACGAGAAGACAGCACCCACGUCGGAGGCUCUGGUGGACGUUUUACCACCCAUGUCGGAGACUGUGGUUCAAAUUUCACCGGCUAAGGCAGGCGUUAUGGUCGAAGACUCAACACUCAAGCCAGAAGACGCAGUCGACGACACAACACUUAAGUCGGAGGCUGCAGUCGACGACACAACACCUAAGUCAAAAGACGCAGUCGACGAUACAACACUUAAGUCGGAGGCUGCAGUCGAAGGCACAACACUUAAGUCGGAAACUGCAGUUCAAGACACAACACUCAAGUCGGAGGCUGUGGACGAAGACACAACCCUUAAGUCGGGGGCUGCAGUUCAAGACACAACACUCAAGUCGGAGGCUGCGGACGAAGACACAACCCUUAAGUCGGAGGCUGUGGUCGGUGUUUUAUCAUCCAAGUCGGAGAGUUUGGUCGAAGAAAGAACCCACAAGUCGGAGGCUGCAGUUGAAGUAACAACCUUCAAGCCGGAGGGUGUGGUUGAAGAAACAACAUUCAAGUCGGAGACUGCGGUCGAUUGUUUGGUCGAUAAGGAGGACGAAGCCAAGUCGGAGGUGGUGGCUGUUGCUUCUGUAAGUGAAGUAAAGCCUACUGAAAGCACACUAACUUUCAAGGCUGAGAACGUAACGUUCAAUGACGAGGGCGUUGCUUUCUACAACUUUGGCGGCUCCGAUUCAAGAAACCCAGCGAACGACGUGCACAUUUCGAAGCGCUACUCGGAUUUUAAGACUCUGCACGCGCAGCUCAAUGGCAACAAAGACGAGGUGGCGGACUUUCCAUCCCUGCCAACUGCCUCGUUCCUGCAAGGUCGCAAGAACAAAAAAAUGCUGGAGGACCGCAAGAUCCAGUUUACUGCCCUACUGAACUAUAUUGCAACACACCCGCUUGCAUUGCAAAGCGACGCAUUCAAGGCUUUUUUGGCGUAG